ACUGCUGUCUGGAGAUCAAAUUAUUACUGUAGAGAAGGUCUUUAUUUUUCUGUUUCAUUAACAGAUUAUUAUAAAGCAAUAAGCAAGCGGGAGGAGAAGCAGACGUUUCACACUGGGAAUUGAUGAAAGCAUAUCUGUUCGUUUUUUGGAGGUGGGGAGUUGUUUAAAAUCUUAUAACACCCCCACAAACAAAACUCUUCGGAAAUGGUAAAAUAAGGAAAUGCAUGAUUCCAGAGACAUCCCUAAGCACUCAGUUGUCAGGCUAUGUGGUGCCUUGUGAUAUCAUCGGACCUUUUGGAUGGGUCUAACCUGCAAAUGCAAAGGUCAGCUGAGGAAAUCAUUAAAGAGGAAUUCUAAAAGAAGCUUCCAAAGCGUUGGACCACCCUAAAAGAGAAAGGAAGGAAAUGUUCGGGGAAGGCUAGGGUUCCGGGUAGCUGAAGAAGGGGGCGAGCGCCCCCGACACCGUGGCUUCUCCCGUCGCUGCCCUAAGGGAACAGGGUGGGCCUGAGGUCCUGAACAAGCCUUUCCAAGCCCCCACUUCAAAUGUGGGGAGGGAAAAGUUCAGAAGCAGCCACAAGGGGACAAAAGCCUCAUUUUGCCAGUUCAACAGGACAGGACAUCCAAUAAACAGGGCCAGCUCUGGAAACGGGUCGAGGCUCCCGUUAGCUCCACAGAGCCCGAAGCAGCCCCUGCCGCCGCCCUCGCCGCCCUCGCCGCCGCCGCCGCCGCCGCCGCCGCCGCGGCCCCUGCGUUACUGGGGGAGACGGUGCCGCUGCGACAGGGGAGGACGCGGCUGGAGCUCAAGGAGGCUCCAGCGCGCAGGCGCCGCCGAGCCCUGCCUGGAUGCUCAGUCAAGGCACUAAGGCAAAAAAAAAAUCAGCAAUUUAUAGAAAGAAGAAGCUAUAGUCUGUCGGGAUAUCCAACACCAACAGUACAUUCAGACAAUGCAUCUUCAGUAGGGCUUAUUGAGAGCUCCAUUUCUGGAAAGCGUUGCAAGACUGAGGAAUAUCAGACUGCGAAUCACCGGGAACAGUUCCCUUGCAGCACAGAAGCAAUCUCUCUCCCCAUCUUCGCAUAUUCUGAUGGCAAAUCAAAUGGAAGAAAAGAGGAAGCAUGACUGCAGAUCGCAUCAAUUCUCUUUGUGGAUUACAUUUUCAGUAAAAUGUAUGGAUCUAUCUUUUCCUUGUUCUUAUAUCUAGAUCAUGAGACUUGACUGAGGCUGUAUCUUUAUCCUCCAUCCAUCUAUGGCGAACUAUAGCCAUGCAGCUGACAACAUUUUGCAAAAUCUCUCUCCUCUAACAGCCUUUCUGAAACUGACUUCCUUGGGUUUCAUAAUAGGAGUCAGCGUGGUGGGCAACCUUCUGAUCUCCAUUUUGCUAGUGAAAGAUAAGACCUUGCAUAGAGCACCUUACUACUUCCUGUUGGAUCUUUGUUGUUCAGAUAUCCUCAGAUCUGCAAUUUGUUUCCCAUUUGUAUUCAACUCAGUCAAAAAUGGCUCUACCUGGACUUAUGGGACUCUGACUUGCAAAGUGAUUGCCUUUCUGGGGGUUUUGUCCUGUUUCCACACUGCUUUCAUGCUCUUCUGCAUCAGCGUCACCAGAUACUUAGCUAUCGCCCAUCACCGCUUCUAUACAAAGAGGCUGACCUUUUGGACGUGUCUGGCUGUGAUCUGCAUGGUGUGGACUCUGUCUGUGGCCAUGGCAUUCCCCCCAGUUUUAGAUGUGGGCACUUACUCAUUCAUUAGGGAGGAAGAUCAAUGUACCUUCCAACACCGCUCCUUCAGGGCUAAUGAUUCCUUAGGAUUUAUGCUGCUCCUUGCUCUCAUCCUCCUAGCCACACAGCUUGUCUACCUCAAGCUGAUAUUUUUUGUCCACGACAGAAGGAAAAUGAAGCCAGUCCAGUUUGUAGCAGCAGUCAGCCAGAACUGGACUUUUCAUGGCCCUGGAGCCAGUGGCCAGGCAGCUGCCAAUUGGCUAGCAGGAUUUGGAAGGGGUCCCACACCACCCACCUUGCUGGGCAUCAGGCAAAAUGCAAACACCACGGGCAGAAGAAGGCUCUUGGUCUUAGAUGAGUUCAAAAUGGAGAAAAGAAUCAGCAGAAUGUUCUAUAUAAUGACUUUUCUCUUCCUAACCUUGUGGGGCCCAUACCUGGUGGCCUGUUAUUGGAGAGUUUUUGCAAGAGGGCCUGUAGUACCAGGGGGAUUUCUAACAGCCGCUGUCUGGAUGAGUUUUGCCCAAGCAGGAAUCAAUCCUUUUGUCUGCAUUUUCUCCAACAGGGAGCUGAGGCGCUGUUUCAGCACAACCCUUCUUUACUGCAGAAAAUCCAGGUUACCAAGGGAACCUUACUGUGUUAUAUGAAGGAGCAUCUGGAAAUCUUUAGCCUUGUGAAACACUAACCUUCUCUGCUAAGCAAUUGUGGCCUGUAGCCAUAUCUUGAGAAGAAAAUCAAGAAGGGGAUCAGCAAUUAUAAGGAUUUGGGCAACAUUCUGCAGUCUUUGCAAUAGUUCACCUAUAAUCCUAUUUUAAAUCUCAGAGUGAUCCUGCUGACUGCCGGCGAAGGUUUGUAAUUAAGAAAGGACUGAACCACUGCCCUAAGUUUCUUUACGUGGUUGAAAACUAGAUAAUGAAAGUAGCAGGUGCUAAGUAUCAGUGCUAAAUGCUGUGUAUAUCACUACUUAUGAAAAAAAAACAUCAAAAAAAAAAACCAAUUAGCAUUGGACAUCUUAAUAAAUUAAGUUGACAUGAGGUAAAUGUGUUGAUAAAAACUAAUUUUAGAAGUUUGAAGACUUUAAAACAUUUCAUACUAUUAUUGUUUUGCAAAGACUAAAAUAUUUGGGGACUUAAAGUACUGUAAUCCACUAAAGACGUGCCAUGAAUUAUUGGAUUAUCACACUUUUAAAAAUUCGCCUUGUAAGUUCCAAAGCAGUAUAUUGGUUCCAAUUAGAGUUUACUCUUUUUUUUUUUGUAUUAAUACAUUACUAUUUCUAAAUGCCACUUUCCUUACCUACUAGUGAAAUUGCUAGCAUUGAACUGUACUAUGUGGUUUUGGUUGAUUUGGUAUAAAGUUUUUCCAAUUCAUUUAUAUUUUACAAAUGCUAGAUAUUGGUCUGGGAGGCAACAUUAAUGGUACCAACUGGUCACAACUGAACAGUUUUAAUAAUGCAGAAUAAACACAUGUUGCCUUAAAGGGUUAUCUAGUAUCUUUCAUCUUAUUUAGCAUUGGAGCAAAUAGUCAAGGGAAAUCGAAUUAGUAACUGGUCAUGGUCAUGCAACUGGAAGUGCAUGGACGAUCAUUUAAUACUCUUUUUCCUUUCUCCUCACAUGGUUUGAAAAUUAAGGUGCACAUCACUGGGAUAAUGAGAUUUUCUUCCGAGGUGUGCUACCCAUUCUAGUGUGUUCUAAGAAGCGGGCAGUUGAUGUAUGUUUAUAUUUUGAGUCAGCUGUCAAGGGGAGACCACAGCCUUAGUAUGACAUCCUGCACAAUUUGUGAAGCGUUUAUUCUACUGAAGGCACAGUCUUGUUUCUACUUUCUGCACAUUCAGUGUAUUGGUCGUUUAAAUUAUUUCAGUUUUAACUUGUGAAAGCUUAUAAUAUGAUUUCUGGUAUUUUAGAAAUACAUUAGAGUCUGUGAGUCUCAUUCUUUAAGAUACAGAUGUGUGAAUUUCAAUAUAAAGUUGCAUUUGCCAAAAUUUACCCGUGUAGCCUGUUACUUUCCUUGGGAUAAAUUUUACAUUUUUGGCAAUUAACAAUUUCUUUUGACCUGGGAGGCAAGCACAAACUAGGAAGGCUAGCUUUAUUAUGGUUUUGCUUUUUGAUUUUUGUAGCUAUUAUAUUUUUGAACUGGAAAUGCAUGAGUAAUAGGGAGCAUAAAGCUGAUAAACUGACAAAUAGUAUUAUCUACAAAAGCAUUAUUUGAUAGUUUAUCGUGAUUACCCUCUAUUUAUUCUCUUAUAAGGCAGUAAUAUUUAGAAAUAUAUACCUGCUUAGUUGAUUGGUUCAUAAUUUGAAUAUAAAAAUAUCACAUUUUAAUUUGGAUCAUAGGAGAAAUUUUGGGUUCUAAAUAUAUAACAUCUAAGAAGAAUAGCUUACAAUAACAUUAUGACAAAACCAGAAAACUUACUGUUUUUGUUUUCCAUUGUUUUCAUUUGUUUGUUUUUGUUUUAGUUUUUGCCUUUUGGUACUUGAAAAAUAAGAUUAGGAAUCUAAUGGAAUAGAAUUCUUUAUUGCUACAGUACUUCUGUAAAGAGAAUAUCAAUAUAAAUAUAAAUAAGGAAAAAUAAAUCACUGGAAUGUCUCAAUGAUAUAUGCAACUAUUCAGUUUUGCUCAUGUAAGGACAGCUCAAGCCAUGAUUUAGCAAGCACUGUGUUUGACCUCAUUUUACUUUAUACCAAAGUUGGUCAGAUCUGAGACAAAGUUUAAUGUACAACAGUGAGUUGAAUCUAGCAAUAAAGGCCCUCGUUGGUACUAAAAUCAUUAUCCAAAAUACAGUAAAGGAAUGUUAUCAAAAGAUAUUCUGAUAACAUUAUGUUUCCAACUCAAAAUAAUUUAUAGUAGAAGCAUAAUUACAAUGAUUGUAUUUAUAGAGAACUUUGCUUACGGGAUCAGAUAUCACCAGCAAUCAGUAAAACAGUCAGCAAUUGUCCUGCAGCCAGAGAUCAGGUUUUAUUACUACUUGCCUCCAUAACAUAGACAAGAAAACUGAGGCAUAUAUUAAAGGUAGGGGAUUGAAGAGUCAAGAGCAAGAGCCAAGUGAGAUUGCCUGACUCCACCUAGAUAUUUGGAAUAACAGAUUCCAACCCCUUUGGUAAGUGAUCAGUGAAUAGUACAGAACCAUAGUGACUUUCAUUUGAGCCUACUUUUGAUAACUUGGCAUUUCAAGUCAAGGGGCAAGCAGUAGGUGAGAUACAUCCCCAGUUAAUCAAGGCCAUUCGUAAGUCAAUGAGUAAUGGCAGCAGUCAUAUAAAAAGUCUGCUUCCGUAGUAUCUUAAUGACCAAAUCACAUUAUCUAUUUUGGCACCCAUUCCAAUAUUCAAUACUUAAAAAUAGUUGGUAACUAAUCCAACUUGAAAAUAUUACUAAUCUUCAACCCCUAAAAAUAUUCUCACUUGGGGAGUUCAACUUCCCUGUGAGAAAGGCUCAUUAUCAAUAAUAAUGUGUUCCUCUUGGACUAAUCACGUCUGAGCUGACAGUCUUUAAAUUGUUUUCCUUAAUAGUGGUGAUAUGUUUGCAUGAAUGUGUCUAUACUACCUCAUCUGGUUCCUUUGGUGCACAGUGGAUUUACUUGUGAGAAGCCUGGUUGGAACCAGGCAUUCAGUCUGUGACUGUGGAAUCCUAUGCAGAUAUUAACUGAGACAGAAGGAGGUGAGUAACUUGCCCAGUUUUCCACAGAGGCCCCAUUUAAAUAACAUAAAAUUAACCAAAGUAAUUAGAAAAAAAUUAUUUGUAGGACAGCCUAUUGACUGAAUCACCUUCAAGUGUUAGCUGGAUGGAUUUCAACACCAGCAUUUUUCACAGGUUAGCUGAUUUGUCAUUGCUCACACACGGAUAUGGCUACUUAUCCAUUUACCUCUACUUCCAUGAAUGCUACCUGAAUUGCUUAUUAAUUUAUUUAUUCAUUCAACAAAUAUGUAUUGGACACUGGGCGUGGUGCUGGGAGCACAGUGGAAAACAAGACAGAACAGUCUCUCAUGAAGAUUUCUUAGUCUAGUGGAAACAAUUAAACAUGUAGUACCAACAAGUUACAAGUGUUACGACAGUAAUCAUUUCUAAGAUGGACUUGGUAUUAAUGGCCAUUAAUAGACUGUUCUCCAUUUUUCCUUCAGUGCCUUACCUCCUAUCUUUUCCCAGUAUUCCUUGGGAUCUUUUUAUAUAUCAUAUUCCCUCUAUUCAGAGGGAACCUCCUGUUCUGCUCACACUUCAUUUAGAUGAACCACCAUGUUACUUUGGGAACCUGAGUUCCCACGUUUUUAAUGCCAAAUACACAAAAUAACGGCAAAACCUGAGUGUUAAAGUUACUCCUAUGUCCUGACUGUCCACUUCCACAAGUGAGAUAUUUCAGUUCCUUCAAGAAACAUGUAAGUGUCUUUUCUUACAUGUUCAUACCUUCCCACAAGGUAGCUAUGAGGAUGCCUGGGUAAAGUGUCAUCAAAGAAGGCGCUAAGAAGCCAAUUCCUGGGGCUCCCCCAUGGUGCUCAAGCAACGAUGGGAAUAACCUGUGAAACAGGGUAUAUAUUCUUUAUUGUUAAAGCAUGCCACUGCGAAGUUUCUAAUGCUCCUUAUUGUAGAUACCAUAAAACUCCCUAACCCCAUAAUCUGAAAAGUUUGUUUGGCCUCCAGAAGUUAUUUCUAUUGCAAAUACAAUUAAACAUAAUUACAAUUAUAGAGACCUAUUUCUUUUCAUCUAAGCCAUGUAAUAGUGAGUUGUGUUGUUAUGAGGAUUACUGUAGGACAGUUUGUAAAUAGAACCAAAACUUCUUCUGUGUAUUCACCAUUAGAUAAAUUUACUUUGUUCCAGUUUUUUUUUUUUUUUACUCUACAGUGUUAUUUAAAGAAAAACACACACACACACACAAACAGUUUAUAUGAAUUCCAUAUUUAAAAAGAAAGGAAAGAAAAGAAGAUGAUAAAUGGUAAUGUUUCAAAUACUGGUUAAACACAUUAAUUAAGGUAGAUGGUUGCCACAAUUGUGGGUUGUUUGCAAUUCCAAAGUCUUGUGAGUUUGUUUUUCUAUGUAAAAAUACAUCAUUUUCAUGUUUGUUAAUAUUAUCUUCUAAAUGUUUUGAAUGGAAAUUGCAGGGUCUACCAGGAUAAUUGUUUAUCGCUGACUUUUUUAUUGUUGUUAUCAAAUCUGGGCAUGCUAGUGUUCUGUAACUUCCCCCAAUUCCCUCAGAAACUCUUUUUUAAACCAUAUUAAAAUGAUAGAAUUGCUUAA